AUGGCGGCAGCCUGGCGACUCGCCUUUGCUUUCGGGUCCAGUAGCGCCUUGAAGGCGAACUGGCGCUCGGAGGCUCGUGUCCUGGCAAUCGAGUUGGUCUUUAAGCCAAUUUCUCUUGCAGGAGGAAGAGGAAAAGACGGUGCUCCGAUUAUCACCUUCCCAGAGUAUGCAGGUUUCAGCGAGAUCCCCGAUGAGGAUUUUCUGAACGUGGUGACGUAUUUAACUAGCAUUCCCAGUCUGGAGGCGGCCAGCAUUGGAUUCGUCAUCGUUAUAGACAGACGGCGGGACAAAUGGAGCGCGGUAAAGGCGUCCCUCACGCGAAUAGCAGGAGCGUUUCCGGGGAACCUGCAAUUGGUCUUCGUCCUGCGGCCAUCCCGUUUCAUCCAAAGGGCAAUCGCUGACAUCGGCAUCAAACUGUAUCGCGAUGACUUUAAAAUGAAGGUACCGAUCAUCAUGUUAAAUUCAGUUUCUGAUCUCCAUGGGUACAUCGACAAAAGUCAGCUGACUCGGGAGUUAGGCGGAACCUUGGAAUAUGGGCACAGCCAAUGGAUACAUCAUCGAACGGCUAUUGAGAAUUUUGCCAUGACAGUGAAAACCACCGCGCAGAUGUUGCAGGCCUUCGGAACAGACUUGGCCGAGACUGAACUUCCCAAUGAUGUGCAGUGUACAGAGGAGCUGCUGUCUUCCCACACGGAGCAACAUAACAAGUUGAAGGACGAGCUGAAACUUGCUGUGAAGCAGGGGGCCACCUUGCUGACCUGUAUCAGAGAGCCCGUCACACGAAGUGCCACCAGCAAGCUCAGUCCAGACGAACUUGAAAACGUAGCAACUGUGGAGAGGUUGCUCGCUCAGCUGGACGAAACAGAGAGAGCCUUCGAUCAGUUCUGGUCAAAGCACCACCUAAAGCUAGAACAGUGCCUACAGCUCCGACACUUUGAGCAAGAUUUCAGAGAGGUCAAACUGGUGCUGGAUAACUUGAUGGAAACGCAGGCUGGGUUCACGGACAUUGGAGACAGCAUCUCCCGUGUAGAAUUUCUUCUGAAGGAACGGAAGCAAUUAGAGGAGAAAGGACAGGAACCUUUGGAAAAAGCCCAGUCCCUGGCUGUGCAUGGAGACCAGCUGAUCCAAAACAACCAUUAUGCAAUUGAUUCCAUUAGACCAAAGUGUGUUGAACUCAGGCGCAUCUGUGAUGACUUCGCCAAUGAGACCAAGAAAAAAUACGAUAUUUUAGGGAAGUCCCUCGAAUUGCACAAACAAUUAGAUAAGGCUAGCCAGUGGUGUGAAGCUGGAAUCUACCUCUUGGCUUCCCAAGCUGUCGACAAAUGCCAGACGCAGGAGGGAGCCGAAACGGCACUCUGUGACAUCGAGAGAUUCCUGGAAGCCGCCAAGGACCACCAGCUCUUGAAUGCAAAGGAGUUCUACAAUCAGUUCGACAUGAUUCUCACCCCAGAGAUAAAGAGCAAUGCCCAAAGAGUUCUCCAAAAGCUAGAAGAUGUACAAGAAAUGUUCGACAAGAGGCAAGUGAGCCUGAAAAAGCUGGCAGCAAAGCAGACGCGGCCAGUGCAGCCUGUCGCCCCUCAUCCCGAAUCAUCACCGAAGCGCGCAUCACCGAAAAGCAUCCGACCUGCAACAUUAGCUACCAACAGGAGAUCGGUAGAAAUUUCUAGCCCACCCAAAUCUGUCUCUGAUGCAGAGUUAUCAAAGAAGAAAAAUGUCAAGAAGACUAAAGGUGGGAUUAAGAUUGAAGUGAUGCACGAAGCGAGCCAAGGAGGGUCCAGCAGAGUUUUGGUGAUGAGCGAGAGUGAAGAGAACCUUUCCACCAGGAGGAGCCAUAUUAUCAAUGAACUGAUAGAAACGGAACGGGUUUAUGUAGAGGAGCUUCAAAGCAUCAUAGAGGGCUACGCAUCAGAAAUGGAUAAUCCUGACCUGAUUCACUUGAUCCCAACUGCUCUUUCCCACAAGAAGGAAGUUCUUUUUGGAAACCUCUCGGAAAUCUAUGACUUUCACAACAGAAUCUUCCUCAAAGAGCUGGAAAAUUGUAUUGAAAAUCCAGAGCUUCUUGGUCGGUGUUUUUUAAAAAGAAAGGAAGAUCUUCAAAUCUAUGAAAAAUACUGCCAGAACAAGCCCCGGUCAGAAGCGCUCUGGAGACAGUGUGGAGACAGUCUCUUCUUUCAGGAAUGUCAGCGGAAAUUAGACCACAAACUCUCACUGGAUGCUUAUCUCUUAAAGCCAGUUCAGAGAAUUACCAAGUACCAGCUGCUUUUAAAGGAAAUGUUGAAAUGUAGCAAAAAUUCAGAAGGCACAGCUGAACUGGAGGAAGCACUUGCUACCGUGCUUGAUAUUAUCAAAUCAGCUAACGACUCCAUGCACCAGAUUGCAAUUACAGGCUAUGAGGGUGAUGUCCACGAGCUUGGAAAACUGCUCCUGCAGGGCUCUUUCAACGUUUGGACGGAUCACAAAAAGGGCCACAACAAGGUCAAAGAUCUGGCCAGGUUCAAGCCAAUGCAGAGACACCUCUUCCUCUAUGCAAAAAUCCUACUCUUUUGCAAGAAACGAGAAGAAAACACGGAUGGGCAUGAGAAGUCUCCCUCAUACAGCUUUAAAAAUUCUUUAAAGAUGAGCACCGUUGGUAUUACCGAAAACGUCAAAGGGGAUAACAAGAAAUUUGAGAUCUGGUACAACGGCAGAGAAGAAGUCUAUAUCAUUCAGGCUGCUUCUGUGGAGCUGAAAAACACCUGGGUCUCUGAAAUUAGGAGAGUCCUGACUGGACAACUGGAAGCUUGCAGAGAGGCAAGCCAGCUGCACCAAAGAAUCACCGAGAGCGUGUACCAUGCACCGAUGAAUUCAUCCAGCUCCUCCAGGUACAGCAGAAAGUCGGUCAGUUUGGGCGAAAACAGAUCGGAGCUCUCAGGCAUGGAGAUGUCAAACAACAGGAACACCAGCCCUCAUGCCAGACAGAAAAGAGGUUGGCCCAGUAGGCAGAUGCCUUCGCUAGACACCUUUGAGGAUUUUGAAGCUAUCCCGUCCAGUGCGGAGGAGCUGUCCAACUCUUCGGAUAUGGAGGAAGAGAGCCAGCCAAACUAUGGAUCCAAUCUUUACCGGGUAGAAGGCAGUUAUGACACCUGUUUCCCUGAUUCCCUUACACUAGAGGAUGGAGAUUUAGUUCAGUUCAUACAGGAAGGUGAAGAUGGACAAUGGUUAGUGAAGAAGCUGGUUUCUGAGAAAAUGGACUGGGUCCCUUCCACCCUGCUCCAGCCAGCAGAGGGGGAUGCCCGCAACAUUCGCAGACACAGCAACGCAGAUGCCUACGGUGGUACUCGCAGCACCACUCACACGAGCUCCGAGAGGAAGGGGAGUGAUCUGGCUAGAAGCUUAACAGCGGAACAGAAAGCCGGGAGCUGAAGACUCUUGGAAACAUUUCCUCAGGACUCCACCCUCUCCUCUGCUUCCUGGCAGAUGCUGGAUCAACGCGCCUUUCCCGCAAGCUGUGGACUUCAGAGCUC